AUGGGAAGCGAAUUGGACUUGUUUAUACUGACAGGGUUGCCGGCCACUGUCGUAGCUGUGAUUUUGGCUUCAGCUAUUGCCGUGCUAUACUCUAAGAAAUCAGCAUCCUUGGAAAAUUCCAUACAAGAGUGGAAGUUUCCCCACGUCACUGUGGAAAACGGCAAUGUUAUCGCUGCCAUCACACAAGGAACCACGGCGUACCCCGACGAGCCUUUUGUUCUUGCCACGGAACAGCCCAAGAUCAUACUUCCGAAUCGCUUUCUGAACGAGCUCAAACCGCUGUCGCAAGAUGUCCUCUCUUUGCGCAGGGAGGUCUACGACAAGAUGCACGGCAGGUACACCACCCUGGGGACCGACCAUCCUAUUGGAAUCCAAGCCAUCCGAACCGACUUGACCGCGAACAUUGGUCGAAUGCUGCCGGAGCUGCAAGAAGAGUCGGUGUAUGCCCUGGAGCGGGAAUUCGGCCACAUCUCAACAUGGACGCAAAUGGGCGUCUACGACAAGCUUCUGCAGCUCAGUGCUUUGGUGAAUGGACGCAUGUUUGUCGGUCUUCCCUUGUCUCGCGACCAGGACUGGAUCGACAUCUCCAUCGGAUAUACUAUGGCCAUGGUGCAAGGAAUCCGAGCGAUUCAGCGAACCAAGCCACUCCUACGUCCUAUUCUCGUCCCCUUCUUGCCAGAGAUGAAAGCGCUCAGAGACCUCCAGAGACGUGCGGCCAAGAUUCUGAGACCGCACUACGAGUUCAUUAUCGGUACUCACCAAGGAGCUGGCACAGAAAAGAAACCGGCCAGGAACCAGUAUAACCUCAUCUCUUGGAUGCUCAAGCAGAUGGAUCUCCAGCGCACGGGUACAGACUUUGACCAUUUGGUGCACGAGCAACUCUUUGCCGGCUUCGGAUCGAUCCACGCAACCUCCAUCACAGUUACCAACGCAAUUUUUGAUCUCGCUGCUAGACCUGAGUAUAUACUGGCCCUUCAAGAAGAAAUUCAAACCGUCUUAGACCAAGAACAAGGGCAUGUUCUCCGGAAGGAAAGCUUACCCAAGUUUCGUAAGAUAGAUAGUCUAUUACGUGAGAGUCAGCGAAUGAAUCCAGUCGCCUGGGGACGCCGCGUAGUCGCCAAAGACGGCAUCAAGUUGUCCAACGGCCAGACAAUGCCGCCAAAUGCCACCAUCGGCUUCGUGCACCCCCUCGCGCCAUAUGUGAAAACCCCAGCAACCCUCAAGUCGCCUCUCGACUAUGACCCUAAUCAACCGCCGCUCGGCGAAUUUUAUCCGUUUCGCUCCUACGAGCUGCGCCGCCUACCGGGCCAAGAAAAUGCGCACCAGUUCACCCAGACCGGCAACGACAACCUCAACUUUGGGCAUGGCGCCAUGUCCUGUCCGGGACGGUUCUUUGCGUCUGCAGAAGCGAAAUGUAUCUUGAUUGAGUUCUUGAGGCGGUACACUGUUGCGCUUGGUCCCGGCGGCGAGGGUGAGGGCGGUAUAAAUGACCUGAAGCGGCCGAAAAACAUCGUGAUCCCUGGCAACAUGCAGGUGGUGCCCAACUUUACUCAGCCCAUUUACUUGAAGGAGCUUCCUGAAGUACUGCCUGCCGCUAGAGAUGGUGCUAGAGAGAUUUGA